AUGAUCAUCGGCCGGUGGCUGGCCUUGGUGGUAGUGGUAUCAUUGGUGGCGUUGGCUGGAUUUGCGGCUGCUGAUCCGAGUGACUCCCCGUUCAUCUGUGGCGUUGGGUACCCCAUUGAUGCGGCUGUUUCGCUCGAGUGGACGUCGACGAGUGGUUCGACACUGGAGAGUGGGUAUGUGUUCAAGGGCUCGCAAGUGUGGGCGUACUCGUACAAGCACUCUGGCAUGAUCAACGGCAUUGCCGACGAGAUCUCAAACGUGUUCCCCGGCGUGCCUACUGCUGAUUUGGAUGCUGUGGCGGGCUCGCCUGCAACAGACUCGGAUGAUGAGAAGCGCCGGCUGUUGUUUUUCAAGGAGGACAGAGUGUGGAAGUACGAUUUGGAGACCGGUCUUGUGGCUGGGUACCCCAGGACGAUCGCCACCGAGUUUGGUGGCUACUUUCCGGACGAUGUCCACGCCGCCGAGACCGAGCGAUCCGGGCCGAGCAGUACGCGCAUCCGAGUCUUCCGCGGCUCGCUCGAGUGGGUGCUGUAUUUCAACGCGGGUGGGCUCGAUGGCAGCUCGUUCAUGAACGGCCCGCAUGGGUACUCGUUCUCGCCGCAGGCGGCGAUCUGGACCGAGUUUACCGGUGGCACGGAGCAGCUGUAUUUUCUGGAAGACGAGAAGGCGUACUUUGAGGAACAUCCCGGGAUGGGCUUCAACGAGGUGGCGAUCUGCGCGUCGUGCGAUGGCGACACGAUCAUCGCGACGGGGACGUCCGGUACUGUGGCGCCGUUUGUGGCCGACAUGAUUGUGGGUGGGCAGACGUGCACCUGGCUGCUCCGGUUCUACACGCUCGGCACGCUCACAAUCGACUUUGACGACAUGUCCAAGCGGCCCGAGGCGAUGAACAUUGGCGACAGUGUGCUUAGCGUGUACGAGGGUGCCGAUACUUUGGGUACUCUGGUUGCUACCUACGACCAGAUGACAUCGCCUUCGCCGCCGUUUACGCUCGUCACGACUGCAAGCGAAGGCAUGAUGUAUCUCAAGCUUGUGGCGUCGGCGACGGGCAUGCCUGGCGGUGGCUUCUCGUUCUCGUGGAGCUUUGCGCCGGCAUCGGCGACGGUGUGUCCGACGCUCACCAGCUUUCUGGCGGGGACGUGGGCCCCUGUGGCUAACGGGCGCGAGGGUGAUGUGCGGACGGCAUCGUGCGAGCCUGGAUGGACGUUUUCCGGAACGGCAAGUCGGACGUGCCUGAGUGAUGGUAUGUGGAGCGGGAGUGACGAUCAGGCGUGCGCGCCUCGGCCGUGCAACGCGCUUGUGGCGCCGGUCAACGGUGUUGUGUCGGCGGCGACUGGCAAUCCGGGCGACACGGUCACGUUCUCGUGCAACGUCGGGUACACACUGACGGGCUACACUACCCGGACCUGCCAGUCGAAUCAGCUCUGGUCCAACCUCAACGAUCAGUACUGUAACCCGUCGCUGUGCGGGACCACGCUCUCGCCGCCGGCCAACGGGAUGGUGUCUUCGACAACGGGGCACACCGACGAGACGGUGAGCUUUUCCUGCGGGGGCGGCUACUAUCUGCAAGGGAGCUCAUCGCGAACGUGUCGGGCUGACGGAACGUGGUCGAAUCUGGACGAUCAAGUUUGCGUUGGGAGCCCGUGCACGACGCCUGCCGUGCUAAGCGCGCCCGCCAAUGGAGUCGUUUCGCCAGCGUCGGGCGGGACCGGGACGGUGGCGACGUUUUCGUGCAACGCUGGAUACACGUUGACGGGAACGACGACGCGGACGUGUCUGGCCGACGGAUCAUGGUCGGGCUCGUCGCAGAUGUGCAGUGCCAACGCGUGCAACCCGCCGCUGAGUGCGCCAGACUACGGAACGGUGGAUCGGGUGACUGGAACAACCGGCGAUGUGGCCAACUACGGGUGUAACGCCGGGUACUCGCUGUCGGGAGGGGCGACGCGGGUGUGCACGACAGCCGGUACGUGGUCGGGAGCUGCGCCGACUUGCGUCGGCAAUCCGUGUGCGCCGCUGCCGGCACCCACCAAUGGGCGGGUCGACGGCGGUGCGUCUGCCAGCGCCACGGCCGGCGGCUCGGUGGUGUUCAGCUGCAACACCGGAUACCAGCUGUCAGGAGCGUCGGCGCGGACAUGCCUCACUGAUGGAUCGUGGGACGGAGUUGGUGGACAGACGUGCACGAUUGUGGCGUGCGGGCCGGCACAGACCCCGCCGGCUAAUGGAGUGGUCUCGUCGACGCUGGGCAACUACGGCGAUGUGGUGACCUUCUCGUGCAACAGCGGAUACACGCUCGGCGGAUACGCGAGCCGAACGUGCCUCGCCGACGGGACGUGGUCGAAUCUCGCCAAUCAGGUCUGCUUCGCCAACACGUGCUCGGCGCUGCUGCAUGUGCCGACGCACGGGAACGCGAGUCCGAGCAGCGCGACGACAGGUCAGAGCGUGACGUUUAGCUGCGGAACCGGAUACUACCUUUCGGGCUCGUCGUCGCGUGUGUGUCAGCCUGACGGGACGUGGUCCGGGACCGACGAUCAGGACUGUCUCGGCAAUCUCUGCACGGCGCCGAUGGUGCUGGGCGCGCCGGUUGAUGGCACGGUUGCACCGGCAACCGGGACAACCGGCGAUGCCGCAGUGUACAGCUGCAACGCAGGGUACACCAUGUUUGGAGUGGCGAGCCGCACGUGUCUUCCGGAUGGGAGCUGGACAGGCAGUGGGCCGCCGACGUGCCUCCCCAACACAUGCUCGCCGCCGCGAUCGGCUCCUGCACACGGAUCAGUAGACGCAACGAGCGGGAGAACGGGCGAGUUUGUGACGAACAGCUGCGACGCCGGGUACGAUCUGGUGGGAAGCGCGGUGCAAGAGUGCUUGCCCGACGGGAGCUGGUCGAACGCGGCGCCGAGCUGUGUGGCGGUACUGUGCCCCUCGCUGACAGCGCCAGUCUAUGGACUUGUGGACGGCGGAUCGUCGGUGACGGUCGGAACGGGAGCAACAGUCACGUUUUCGUGUCUUCCGGGCUACGCACUGAGCGGGAGCGUAUCGCGGACAUGUUUGGCGUCCGGGGUGUGGUCGGGCGCGGCAGAUCAGAGCUGUACCUCGCAGAUGUGCGCAACGCAGCUGGUGGCGCCGGAUCGCGGGACGAUCACGUGCACGACCGGGACGACCGGAACCACAUGCAGCUACGGAUGUAAUGCCGGGUUCGUGCUCGAGGGCGGAAGCCCAGCGAGGACGUGCCAAGGGGACGGAAGCUGGUCGGGAAGCAUGCCAAGCUGCGCGCCGAGCGCAUGUGUCGCGAUGCCGGCGCUGGCCAACGGGCGGAUUUUGCCGAGUAGCGCGGGCAAGACCGGCGACAAGGUGACGCUCGUGUGCGAUGCCGGGUACGUGCUGACCGGGAUCGAGACGCAAGAGUGCAUGGCAGAUGGGACGUGGAGCGGGGGCAACGUGACGGCGACGUGCGUGGGUGUGGUGUGCGGGCCGGAGCUGAGCGCGCCGACGAACGGAGGAGUCUCGUGCACAACAGCGUCUGUGGGCGAGAGCUGCGCCUACACCUGCGAUGCCGGGUACACACUCUCGGGCUCGUCGGAGCGGACGUGCAUGAUCGACGGGCGAUGGACUGGAUCAGACCCGCGGUGCACAGUGCUGGCGUCGUCGUCAAUGCUGGACGCGUCGACGCUGACGUCGUCUACGACGUCUGCGGACGAGGCCAAGUCGACGUACGCUGUGGCGCUGUACCUUUUGCUUGGCGCGCUCAUUGUGACGUUGUUCGCCGGAACGCGGUACCGACGCAAGAACCUGAAGAAGUACCGGGCGGCGCCGCACCACUGGUUGUACCAGCCGCUGGACCAGAUGCUGCUGCGCGAGCAUCCGCUGGUGGGGAUCAUCGCGCACCUGCGCGCAGACCCGUACUCGCGGACGGGGCGGACGCUCGCGUUUCUCCUCUCGACCAACCUGCUCCUCCUCUCCACGCUCAUCAUGCCGGUUAUCAACCCGUCUGGGUAUGAGGAGGAUACGGCGAUUGUCUCGCUCGACCGGGUGGCGGACAUGGUGCUCUCGCUGGUGGUCUCGACGCUACUCUCCUCGAUUGUGGGCUCGCCGCUCAUCAAGCGCGGCUUCCGGUCGCACGAAGACGCGACAGCGCGGCUCGUGGCGGGUGUGGCGGCGUUUGCGGUCAACAUUGUCCUGGCACUGGUCAACGGCGCCCUGAUCACGCUCCCGCUCCUUGUCUCGGCCAUUCCGUUUGAGAUGGCGACGCUGCUCACCAUGUUUGCCAUCUCGUUUGCGCUCUGGCUCCUCAUCACUGCGCCACUGGCCAUGAUUGCGUCGUACUACGUGCUCGGCGCGCGGGCGACGUAUGUGCACGAGGGAGGCAAUGGCGGUGUCGAUCCGAUGUAUGCGGUCUCGCCCGACUGCCCGCAGUGA